CAUGCCCUAGCUCCACAAUGUUUUGAUUUAUUUUGAAAAAAAUGGUGUCCAAACAUAUGCUGUUGCUCAGACCUUUAUCUAAUGCAUUAAUUUACAAAUUUACAAGGCGACAAUUUUCAACACGAUUGUCUGAGGUUGGAAAAUUUGAAACACCGAAAAUCCAAGGAAAAUAUAUAGCUGGACAGUUGUUCCUUCAUCGUGUGUUUGGAUACCGUGGUGUAGUUUUGUUUCCAUGGGUUGCAAAAGUAUAUGAUAGAGACCUGAUUGCAAAAUCAAAAGAAAAACCAUUAUUAGAUGAGGUACCAGGACCAGACAUUGAAAAAGAUUUGCACUGCAAUAUAUCAACAUAUUAUCAAGUCUUGAUUGAUCAAAGAGAUUCCCCAUAUAUUAGAGCUCAACCUGAGGCCGUUACUUUUCUUGGUAACAAAAGAGACACUUCGUUAUAUGCAGUACCAGGUUUAGAUUAUGUGAAUCACGAAGACGUCUUACCCUACCUAUCGAACGAAGAAUCACCCAUACAGCAUGAACUGUUCGACAAAUUUUUGACGAAAGAUGGUCAAGCUAGUUCGUCAUUGCAUAUAUGGCACGAAAAGAAUCACAAAUGGUUAGAACUGUCUGAUGUUCAUCGUGAGACAACUGAAGAUAUUAGAGUUACGAUUAUACCUUUCUAUAUGGGGUCAAGACUAAUAAAUAAAAGCACAAGUUUCUGGUGGAGGUAUAGUAUCAGACUUGAAAAUCUUGGAUCGAAACCUGUUCAGUUACGCGAGCGUCACUGGAGAAUAUUCAGUUUAUCGGGAACACUUGAAACUGUGCGUGGUCGCGGAGUGGUCGGUCAGGAACCUGUUCUCUCUCCCAAAGAGCCAGCAUUUCAGUACAGUAGCCAUGUUUCUUUGCAAUCAGCCAGUGGUCACAUGUGGGGAACUUAUCGCAUGGAACAUCGUAACGGAGAAAUGUUUGACGUUCGCAUUCCACCAUUUUCUCUGGAAAGUAAAGAAGACACGUAAAAAACUGUAUGCGCAUGCGCUUAGUCUGACGCCGACCCGAAGAAAGCAACAACUACAACAGAACAAACUCCUACACCCGUUCAUGUUUUUAUAUAAUAGUGUUUGUGUAUUUUUAAUUUUACUCAAAUCUCCACUAUGUAAAAUAUUUAGCUCUGACCUAAUGAAAUAAAGCCUCGAGUUGGACAA